CGGCCCGGCAUGGCGGGUUGCAAGGCGUACGGAACUCGAGCCCGCAGGAAAGGUGGCCAGAAUCGGCCCGUUACUCUGAUUUUAUAGAAGAGCUAUUCCGUAUGAAGAUGGGACUUCUGGUGUUUAUGCGUAACGUGCUACUUGCUCUCUGCCUCUUUUUGGUCUUGGGGUUUCUGUAUUACUCGGCUUGGAAACUGCAUCUGCUCCGAUGGGAGGAUUCAAAUUCAGUGGUUCUUUCCUCUGACUCCGUUGGACGUUCAAUAGGCUCAGAAUAUGACAAACUGGGAUUUCUUCUGAAGUUGGAUUCCAAACUGCCUCCAGAGCUAGUAUCAAAAUACAGUAAUAUGUCAGAGGGUGUUUGCAAGCCUGGGUAUGCUUCUGCUUUGAUGACUGCCAUCUUUCCAAAAUUUUCCAAGCCAGCACCGAUGUUUUUGGAUGAUUCCUUCAGGAAAUGGGCAAAGAUUCGGGAUUUUCUUCCACCUUUUGGGAUUAAAGGACAAGAUAAUCUAAUCAAGGCCAUCUUGUCAGUAACGAAGAACUACCACCUUACUCCAACCCUUGACAGUCUUAGCUGCAAACGAUGUAUUAUUGUGGGAAAUGGUGGCAUUCUAGCAAACAAAUCUCUGGGCUUGAAAAUUGAUGACUAUGACAUUGUUAUCAGGCUGAAUUCUGCUCCAGUAAAAGGCUUUGAAAAAGAUGUUGGUGGCAAGACAACAAUGCGGAUAACAUAUCCAGAAGGGGCUAUCCAGAAACCGGAGCAGUAUGAGAAGGAUUCACUGUUUGUACUGGCAGGAUUCAAGUGGCAGGAUUUCAAGUGGCUGAAGUACAUUGUUUAUAAGGAAAAAGUGAGUGCUUCUGAUGGCUUCUGGAAGUCUGUGGCAACCCAUGUUCCAAGAGAACCCCAUGAGAUCCGAAUCCUGAAUCCAUAUUUUAUACAGGAGGCAGCCUUCAGCUUUAUUGGCCUUCCUUUCAACAAUGGCCUGAUGGGCAGAGGGAAUAUUCCUACUCUGGGAAGUGUAGCAAUUACCAUGGUGCUCCACAAUUGUGAUGAAGUAGCUGUGGCUGGAUUUGGUUAUGACAUGAACUCUCCCAAUGCACCACUGCAUUACUAUGAAAACAUCAGGAUGUCUGCCAUCAAAGAGUCCUGGACACACAACAUCCAGCGAGAGAAGGAAUUCCUACGAAAAUUGGUAAAAGCUCGAGUAAUCACGGACCUCACCAGUGGUAUCUGAAGAAAAAGCUCAGCAACUGUGCCGGAGAGCACAGCCAGGUGUAUCCAGCUAAGGACAAGGGCAGCAAGAGGUGUUUAGCAAGAAUCCCAGCUUCUAAAAGAUGCCCUUGGAUUCUCUCCCUGGCUUGCUUUGUCUGCCUAUGCCAGGGCCAGCAGGAGAACAGCAGCUCUUGAUUUAAGAGGGCUGGGCCCUCAUUUGGAACUGGAGAUAAAACAUCAGAGGAGAGAAGAGAAAUAGGCUUGUGAAACAAAAUAAAUUUGUGCCAAGUGGGAACAGGAGCCAGGCCAGAGGCCACAGUGUUUGAAUGUAUAAGGCAUUAUUUUUUUAAUAGCAAGAGACAAAUAUUACCAUAAAUAUAUCAAUGGGCACAGUGGAGCCUAGCCUUUGAACAAGCCUGGUGGGAUGCUUUCAUUAGUACUGCAUUUAGCCUGUCCUUGGGCCAGCUAUGGCCCCUCUGCAGGGUCUCGGUUCAUCCAAGGUUUGUCUAUUGUUGGUGCUGCUAUAAUGUCAAAGUAUUGUGAUCUCUCUUUGCUCUAGAUGGAGCAAAUUAAAAUUCUGUUAGAUCUUCAGACUUCCUGCUCCUUGGGGGGCUUCCACUGCUGCCGCUGUUCAUCUGGCUGCAUUUUUAGACUGUUCGUGAAGUUCACCUCAUUAUGUUGGACAAACUUAACCUACUUUGCAGGUUCAUCAUAGAUUCUGCUGGCAGAUAACCCAGUAUUUGUUUCCACUAGCAUCCAUAUCAUGCUUCUGAACAGCAUGACACUUUUUCUGUUCUUGUUACUUUGGAGAAGGAAUAAUUUAUUUUUGGAUAAGGACCAAACCGUCCCAAAAUAUGAAGAUUUAUCAGUGUUUAUGGAGAUUUUUCAUUAAUUCUACUAUACUUAGUUUAGGAGAAUACCUUGCUCAUGUGUAGAUUUUUCUGUGUGCUGUGAUAAGAGAUGACAUCUCCCUUGUUUUUCAGCUUCCAUAUAUCCGGGUUUUUUUCCCCCCAGAUGGUUUUUAUUUCCCUCUGUAUUCUUUUUAAUAAUAGCAGGGACUCUUUGUUACAUCUCUGCUCUAUCUUUCUGAUGCAGUAUUUGCACAAUUAUGUAUUAUCUGUAUUGGUAAAAUUCUAAAUAUGUGUAUGAGAUCCAGCGAUGAAUUUAAUUUAAUUAACAUACCUUUCCUUAUAUGGGGAGGAUAUAAGAAUCUGGCAACUCUUCCCAUGAAGAUCAAGCUGAAGAAUUCUCAUCCUGUGUAGGUCAAGGGCACAGCUUGCAUUCAGUAGUCUGAAUAUGCAUUUUGCUUGCUCAGUGCCCUAAAAUAGGAGGUUCUUAACAGGACACUUUGUUUUUUGCCAAAUAAGCAAAGUUGAGGCAGUGGCUCAACUAUUCCCAUAAUUAUUUUUAGAGAUGGUGAGAAACAGAAAAAGUGCAACUCUGUAAUAAUGCAAAUAGUGAUGUAAAAUAUCCUGCACAAUCACUUUAGUAAUAAGUCUUUUCAGAAGACUACAAUAUUGGCCUGUCUGAGUAAUCUGGCAAAUGUUACACCAAAAUGUGUAGUUUUCAUUGAACAUACUGAACAAUGUCCACUUGAAUAGUGGAGGAUGACUGCUUUAUUUGUUGGCCUUCAUAGUCUUGACAGAUCCUUUCUAACCAGUUGUUUUAGUUAUAUGGAACUUCCUGAUUCAGAGGAGAAAUAUUUAAAAAUAUCAGAAGCUAAAAAGCAAUGGCAUUAUUUGUUACUAUUGCUACGCCAUGCAUGUAUGUCUCUUGGAACAACUGGCUGAUUAU